GCACCAUUUCACUCCGCUCCACUGUGUGCGUAAAAAAGGCAACGGGCACCAAAAGAGACAGGAAAAGAAAGAGAGAGAGAGUGUGUGUGUGUGUGAGAGAGAAAUCUAGAGAGACACAGAGAGAAAGAGAGAGAGUCCUUGAAUUGCCACUGGAAACAAUCGGCUAUGUCCAGCGCUCAGUUUUCGCAAUCUUUUCCUUGUACAACUAUCUAAAGGUUGGCACACUCUCAUGGUUUUACCUCCCGUAGGAUGGGAUUAACUUUGUCCGGAAGAUACAUCUCACUGGUGCUGGCUGUUCAAAUAGCAUAUUUGCUCCAGACGGUUGGAGCGGUGGGGAAAUGUGACACCGUGUUUAAGGGCUUCUCAAACUGCCUGCUUCAGCUGGGAGAGAACAUGGCCAGCUAUCCACAGGAUAUGGGCGAGAAGGAGAACCUGCAAACCAUCUGCACAUAUUGGGACGACUUCCACUCGUGUGCCACCACAGCACUGGCGGACUGCCAGGAGGGAGCGACGGAGCUGUGGGAGAAACUCAAGAAGGAAUCCAGAAACCUGGAGUUUAAAGGCAGUUUGUUUGAACUGUGCGGUGGAGUAAACGACGCGAGCACACCAUCAGCCUCUCCAACCGGGCUCCCCCUGCUGCUCAGCUCCCUCUCCGCCCUGCUCACAUGGAUCCAGUUCUAGCAAACCAACACCAAACCCAGAAGAUCUACACAAAGACAUUUUUAGCUCACAUGACGAAAAGAAGAAUACCUUGGGGAAACCUUGAGUGGGGACAGAAUGGGAGGGGAAGGGGGGUGGGCCAAGAAGAAAACGACAGACGAGUGUUCUAUCACCACGACCAUAUAAGAAAAAGAAAAAUAGCCUAAAAUAUGACGAUCAGAAAUCACGUUCAGCCAAAAUGGAUUUUAUUACAACGCUUCAUCCGGAGAAGACGACUGGCUUUUGCUGUAGACAAUGGCAAUAAGGCGUCUUCAGGGAAUGCUCCAUCUGCCUGACCUGAGGAGUCCACUUCAUCAAAUAUUUAACAGAUGUCGAUUGAAAAUCACGGUCAUUUUUUGAUGAUCAAUUUGUGGAAUUACAUUAACGCCUGCAACGAAGUAAUUAUUGCUGUAGGCUUGAUAAUCUAAUCUAUCAUGCAUAGAGAAAUAAAUAUCCACACACACACACACACACACACGAGCCAAAUUACACUCAGCGUCUCAGUUUCCACUGAAAGGUGUUCUUUUUUUGUCAAAUCGUUUGAUUUAUUUCAUUUUUUGCCAAAUUUAUAAUGACGAGAUAAUGUUACUGUAAUGGAGAAAUAGCCUGUGUGAUGUUUUGACCUGUAAACAGUGCUGAUGAUUUGAUUAUCAUCUCUAAUAAUGGUAGAUUGAUAUAAUAAUAACACGACUAAUAAUAAAACCUCAGGAAUGAUCUUAGGCAUUUAAAUGGAUAGUUCUAUCAAAUAGGCUAAUGCAGCUAACAAUGAAUGAAAACUUGUGCAAGUUAUGAUGAAUGUAGCCUGUUUGCAUAAUGCUAUUUGGUGGAUAUUUGCUUUCAUACACUGUUAGCGACGUUAGCACUUUCGAGUCGAAUUAUUCUUUAAUCGAUGGUAGAUUGUACGUUCUAUAAAGGGGAAAAAUAGGAAAGGUGUUUAAUGUCAAAUGUAGCGAGAAAAAAACAGUGAAUGAUUAGACUGUUGACCCGUGUUUCAACCAUUCCAAGAUUUAUUUAUUUUUUAUUUUUUUAAACAAAUUGUAUUAAAGGGUGGUGCAUUCAGGUUAUGUUACAUAGUAAAGAACUAAGUGAUACGCCCAAAACCGCAUACCACCGUACAAAAAUACAAAUAAAACAUUUAUUUUCUUAAAAAGCCUAAUUGAAUGUUAUGACGUCAUAAUAAAGGUAGGUUAGAUAUAGUUUACAAACGGGAUAAUUAUAUUUUCCAGGCUUAUGAUUGGCAGCAUAUGAAGUGGUGAAUGUUACAGUUUUCUUAAUUUCCUUUUCUUUGUUUGCGUUUUCUUUUUUUUUUAUUUCCACAAGUAUGCAUUUUUGGUAAAAAAAAACAAACAAACAAACAAACAACAACAACAAAAAAAAAAACAGGCCAGCAUGUUAAACAGUGUACCACUGCGUAGGUUUAUUAUUUCACGCAUGCGUACUAAAGCAAAAUCCCGUGUAGUACAGUAGUAUGCAGUUUUGGCCGUAGGCUAUCGUAGCACGACAUCAUUCAGAAUGAGACUUCACCGGCCUGAUAAAGUGCACAAAGUGAAGUUAGCUAGCUGUAGGCUGCUAUCUGAUGUUGCCAAGGCAUCUCGUUUCACUGCCUUCGAAAAAAAGUGUAUUUUAUUUGUUUGUUUGUUGAUUUUGUUUCUCCAGGGGAUGUUGCAUAUAAAUAUAUCUAUAUAAAUAUUCCAAACACCAUACAAGUAUAAAUGAAAUUAUGUGAGAAGAGUUUGAAAUAGAGAAAGAUACUUUAACAGAAACCAUUUUAAAACAGAUUGAUAUACAGGUAUAUAAAAGAAUACUAAUAAAAGAGACA